AUGGCCCCAGAGACCUCCAUUGCCUACAAAGUCCUGGAAGUUUACCCCAGAAGGCGCCUGGUCGUCAUCACCUGCCACGCACCGCAGGCGCCCCCGCCCGUCACCUACUCCCUCUGGGGGAGCCAGGACACCCUGGUGACCAAGAAGGUGGUGAGGACCCCCGUGCCGGCCUCCUUCACCAUCAACGUCACACUCAAGUCCAGCCCGGACCUGCUCACCUACUCCUGCCAGGCGGCCUCCAGCUCGGGCGCCCACGCGGCCAGCGCCACAAUACACAUGUACUGGGAGCUGUGGGCCAAGCCAGUGUCGCAGCUGCAGGCCUCCUUCAUCCUGCAGGACCAGGGGUCAGGCCCCGAGGCGCAGGUGUCCUGCCAGGCGUCCUCGGGCAGCCCUCCCAUCUCCUACAGCCUGGUAGGGAGGGACGGGCAGGUCCGCCUGCGGCAGACGCCACUCCCCGGGCGGCCCGCCAACUUCUCCAUCCCGCUCUCCCGGACGCCAGGCUGGCUCCAGUGCCGGGCCGAGAACGAGGUCGGAGCCCAGAGCAGUUCCUUCACGCUGCUGCCGCCAGGGGAGCUGCCCGAGGGACCCGCCUUCGUGCUGGCCAGCAGCCUCACCGUCAUUUCAGCCAUCACCUCCGGGAUGCUGGGCUGGAACAUGCGGACCAGGUAG